UGCUGUAGGCUUAAAUGUAAACACACACAGAGAUUCUUAACAGGAAAGGGGAUUUCUACAUAAGCAGAUCAAAUGUAAGGGGCAGUGUGUGUGCGACAUGUAUGGACUGAAAGACUUGUUUUCAACCGGGCAAUGGUACUUCUUCCGUAACAGUUCAAGUAAAUUGCAGUAGGGUCAAACAGCAAAGGUAACCACGUCAAGAUGGCUUCAAGAGUAACAGAUCAACCACUCCUGCAAAAGAUCAGCCACAGACAUCUUGAGUGUCAAAUCUGCAUGGACCGCUUCAAGGAGCCCAAAAUGCUGGAGUGUUCUCAUUCAUAUUGCCUGAAAUGUCUUCAACAACUUGCAGAGACUAACCCAACUAGUACAAAACUAACUUGUCCAGCAUGCCGUAGUGAAUCUUUACUGACUAGAAAAGGAGUUUUUGAGUUACGAACCGAUUUCAAGUUGAUUUCUUUGUUGGAUGAUAUAAGAGAGCAUGAGACUGAGCUACAGAGUCAACGAGAAAUUCAACCACCUGGUAAGGGGUCUGUUUUUAAAUGUAGCAAGCAUACUGGCAAGGAUGUUAUCAUGUACUGUGACUCAUGCAAACAGUUGAUAUGUACAACUUGCAUUGCAAAGGACCACAAAAUGCAUCCUGCCACUGAACUGAAAGAGGUUGUUGACAACUGCAAGAAGAAAGCCAAUGAAAUAUUAGCAGCAGUAGCACAACAUCACAUAACUUUUAAGAUUGCUAUGGAAGACAUAGGUAUGUCAUGGAAGCUGUUAGACACUAUGUUUAGGGCCACCAAAGCAAAGAUCUCCAAGAAGGCAGAUGAGAAGAUCGCCGAGGAGGUUGCAAGGAUCAGAGAGGAAGAGAACAACCUGGUGGUAGAAUUAGCCCAGACAUAUAAAGACAAAGCCACACAAAUAGAAACUGUACUAGCCACAAAUAACAAUGAAAUGACAAAAGCACAGAAUAAGCAAGUUGUAAUUAAUCACCACAUGGUCGAAGUAAACUUCUUUGAGAAUCUACACCUGAUAGAGAAACUCUUGCAAGACCUAAAAGACUACACAGAGAUACAGCCCAAACAAGUGACCAGCGAUCUGACUAAUAUUGACUUUGAAAAUGAUCAAAAAUCUUUUGGGAGACUGAAAAUAAAAGAAGAACAGAAACUAGGAGCAGCUUCUGCUUCAGAAACAGCAUGCAAACCCAAGACAAAACUGACAUGGACACUGAAAACAGAAAGAACCAGAUAUAAGAACAGAGAUAAACAAAUACAAAACUUCUGUCCAUUAGAUGUCGCUUCCUUCUGCAAUGGCGACAUUGUUGUAUGCGAUUCAAUAAGCAGCGCCUUGAUACAAAUAUCAGCAGACAGCAAUGCCCAAUCGAAGGUCUUUGUAAGCGACCCGUCAAUUAAAGGUAUCUUUAAACCAAGGGGAGUGACUGUGAACAAAAAUGAUGAGCUCAUUGUUGUAGAUCAUGCAGGAGUUAAGAUUUUCAAUAGGAAAUAUACGUGUCUCCAUCAGUUCACACUUGGUGGACAGCCAAUCAUCCGUCCAUCAUGUAUAGCAGUGGAUGACAAUAAUCUCAUAGCAGUGGGUAUUGGCGACCAUGGAAAGAUUUCUCUACACAAACCAGAUGGAACCCUCAUCACAACACUGCCUGCUGCAGGGAUUGGUCGGUACUUGACUGUCCACAAACAGCAACUCAUCUACACCAACAGGUUUUGCAAGAAGAUGGUUUCAGUAGACUACAAUGGUGGAAUCGUCUUCUCAGUAGAUUUCAAACAGUCCAAGUAUCCUCGUGGUUUAUGUUGCAACAAGGAUGGCAGCAUCUAUGUUGCUGUAUGGGAUUACGAAUUAUCCACAGGUGAGAUCCACCAUUACAGUCCUGACGGCCAGUACAUUGGAUGCAUCAUUAAAGGCUGCACUGAUCCAAAUGGUAUUACAAUCACACCAGCUGGUGAUCUAAUUGUGGCUACAUAUGAAUCAGUUCAAAUCUACUGCCAUGGGUAAAGACAGACAUGAAACUUUGACUUAAUGGUUCACAAAGCGAAAACAAUUUAAGUUAAUUUUGGAGAUGACAGCGUACAUGUACUUCUUGCAAGACAGUUAAUAAUCCAAUCCCAUGACAACUGGAUCAGAAAAGCCAACACCUUUAAGUACACCCUUAGCUACUAGUGCAAUUUGUGUCAAAGUCACAACUAUUGAUUACUUGGUCGAGUCGACACGACUUGGUUGAUCGUGCCGCCACGACCACUACAAAAACAGUAGCAGCUACUGCUUGGUAAGCCAAUUGUGUCACUCACGAAUAUUCAUGACAACAUAAUUUACUUAAGAAACACAAUUAGACAUCAGUGACACAGCGUGGUUGUUACUUUAUUGCGCCUGCGGCAAACAAUGCUUUUAAGGAAUUAAACAUUAUUUGCGACUAUUGUUGGCGUUUGGACUACUUGAGCGUAACUAGACGAUCACCCAGAGCCCCAGGCUUACAUGCAAUAUCCACCCAACAAUUUGGCGCUCAAGGUAUUUCAAUAAAGAAUAAUUUAGAAGAUUUUUGUGGCAUGCAUAAAUGAUGUAAUGGAAUAAAAGUGUUGAGUUUAAAAGUCAAAUAUAACACUCACCUGUUA